AAUAACUGGACGACAAACCCAAUAAUGCAAAAAUGGUCCAAUAUUUUUUUUAAACAAUUUCCCCCUUUCCUUUAGGUUUGUUCGCACUGUGCUGCCAUUUUCACAGGAGUUUCAGAGAGACAAGCCUCCCAAUGCCCAGCCGCAGUACCUAUAUGGCUCAAAGACCUUGAAUUUGGCGUACAGUAGCGUAUACAGCCUCUACCGGAACUUCCUGGGACCUCCACAUGUUAAGGCUAUUUGCAGACUUCUAGGAUACCAGGGCAUCGCUGUGGUGAUGGAAGAGCUGUUAAAGGUCGUCAAAAGCCUGCUUCAGGGCACCAUUCUGCAGUAUGUAAAGACCCUGAUGGAAGUGAUGCCCAAGAUAUGCCGUCUGCCUCGCCAUGAGUACGGCUCGCCAGGUAUUCUGGAGUUCUUCCACCACCAGUUGAAGGACAUUGUGGAGUAUGCUGAGCUGAAGACCGUGUGCUUCCAGAGCCUGAGGGAAGUUGGAAAUGCUUUGCUGUUCUGCCUUCUGAGUGAACAGAGCUUGUCUCAAGAGGAGGUGUGUGACUUGUUGCAUGCGGCACCAUUCCAGAACAUCUUGCCAAGAGUUCACGUUAAAGAAGGUGAGCGUCUGGAUGCGAAGAUGAAGCGUUUGGAGGCCAAAUACACUGCACUGCAUAUGGUGCCUCUAAUUGAGCGUCUGGGAACCCCUCAGCAAAUUGCCAUCGCCCGUGAGGGUGACCUGCUGACUAAAGAGCGCCUUUGCUGUGGUCUCUCCAUAUUCGAGGUCAUUUUGACUCGUGUCCGCGGUUAUCUGGAUGACCCAAUGUGGCGCGGCCCAUUGCCCAGCAACGGCGUGAUGCACGUGGACGAAUGCGUGGAGUUCCACAGGUUGUGGAGCGCCAUGCAGUUUGUGUACUGCAUCCCGGUGGGAGCACACGAGUUCACUGUUGAACAAUGUUUUGGAGAUGGUCUGCACUGGGCCGGUUGCAUGAUUAUCACCUUGCUUGGACAGCACAGACGCUUUGACAUCCUGGACUUCAGCUACCAUCUCCUUAAAGUGCAGAAACAUGAUGGCAAAGAUGAGAUCAUCAAGAGUGUGCCUCUAAAGAAAAUGGUUGAACGAAUUCGCAAGUUCCAGGUUCUGAAUGAUGAAAUCUUCACCAUUUUGAACAAGUACCUGAAGUCUGGGGAUGGAGAGAACAUGCCAGUAGAACAUGUCCGUUGUUUUCAGCCUCCAAUCCAUCAGUCUUUGGCCAGUAACUGAGAUUGACAUACAUUAGCUCCAAUUAGAAGUGGACAAGAUGGUAAGAGGGGAACAUAUUUAGCAUUAAGUUUAGCCUCAUGUUUAGGACCAGUUUCACUGUCACAUUCUACUUAGAGACGCCUUUCUUACAUCAGCCUAGUGUUCACAGAGCCAGUAAGUUGCCUUUUGAUUAGUUGAGUGUUUGGUAAGCGCUGAUCAGUUGUACCAUUAUUGGUUUUGCACGUGUCUCAGGCUUUGGUCAAUUAGGCCAAAAUGUGUUUUAAUAUGAUGUAGACAAACACGGCUCAGUUUUACUAGUGUAUGGCAGGAUGAUUUUAUAUUGUACACACACUCGUGCCUUAUUAUAGAUAAAUGACUAUUAUCUUUUAUGUUAAUGAUAGCACAGCACUACUCAUUAUCAUGUUUUAUAUUUGGGGAGAGCAGUGGGAAAGGGUUGGAAAAUGGCCAAGUGGGUUUGCUGUGGUGAGAGACCAGCGGUAUAUUUCUGUGUGGUGUUUUUGAAUGAUUAUAUGCAAGAUCUUUUUCCUUCUGUUAUCCUGAAUAAAACUUUAAGCAUAACCAAGUCCUUACUCUCAAUAAACAUACCUUUUUUUAUUUGAAUUAUGUAAUCAGAUUUUAAUUCAAUAAAUGUGUAUCAAACCCUG